CACGUCCCGCGUUCGGUUGGGCGCGAAGGGAGGAGUCAAUAGGCUUGCGUGAGGGAGCGGUGACGUGAGGGCGGCGCAGGGUUAGGAAGGCGGGACGUCGGCCGGAUGGGAGCCUCUCGCCAUUUGCGUAGCGGCAGCGAAAAGUGGUAACUGCUGCCGAGGGCGCUAGUUGGCCCGCUAUCAUGAAGCGAUCCCUGUCCCAGCUGCUGCUGCUCGUUCUGCUGGCCUUCCCCGCCGCCCUGCUCCUCAGCGGCGCCGGCAGUGGCCCGGGUUCUAGCUUGCUAGUUGCUGCCCAAGAUGCCACAGAAGAUGAGGAAGCAAUAGAAGAUACAGUAGUUGAAGAUGAAGAUGACGAAGCAGAAGUUGAAGAAGAUGAACCCACAGAACUGACAGAAGAGAGAGAGGAAGAAGACCUAUCAGGAGAGCCCAAAGCAUCGCCUAGUGCUGAUACGACCAUCUUAUUUGUGAAAGGAGAAGAUUUUCCAGCAAAUAACAUUGUGAAGUUUUUAGUUGGUUUUACCAACAAGGGUACAGAAGAUUUCAUUGUGGAGUCACUAGAUGCUUCAUUCCGGUACCCUCAAGACUACCAGUUUUUCAUUCAGAAUUUCACUGCUCUUCCUCUGAACACAGUUGUUCCACCACAGAGACAAGCCACAUUUGAAUAUUCUUUCAUUCCUGCAGAGCCUAUGGGUGGUCGCCCCUUUGGACUAGUUAUCAAUUUAAAUUACAAAGACCAAAAUGGGAACUUCUUCCAGGAUGCUGUGUUCAACCAGACAGUUACAAUUAUUGAAAAAGAAGAUGGAUUAGAUGGUGAAACGAUCUUUAUGUACAUGUUCCUUGCUGGGCUUGGUCUGCUUGUCAUUGUUGGUCUACACCAGCUGCUAGAAUCUAGGAAGAGAAAAAGACCAGCUCAAAAAGUAGAAAUGGGAACAUCAAAUCAGAACGAUGUUGACAUGAGUUGGAUUCCUCAAGAAACUUUAAAUCAGAUCAUGCAAAGUAGAAGAGACAAAGCUUCACCAAGACGAUUGCCCCGCAAAAGGGCACAGAAGAGAUCAGUAGGAUCUGAUGAGUAAAUAGUUAGUACAGUCAGCCUUUAUUAACCCAGCCAUCCAACCCCUUCCUCUUGUUUUUGCUUGAAUUGGGAGUUGUGCUGAGAAGCCAUAUCAACUGAAGACAAUACUAUGAAACAUUUGGACUUAAGGCAUUUGAGUUGUGUUCAAAGAACAUUGCUAAGAAUGCACUUCUCUUUCCUUUUUAAGAAACUUCAGAAUCAUUGUGCUAUCUGAAAUGUGCCUUUUCAUAAUGCUGAUCUGUCAUCUGCACGCCUUUUGUGUUUGAAUUUUUGUCAGAAAUGCAAAUGUGUCAUUUCUACCCUGAUUGUAUCCUGUUGUACAAGGUCUUUAUUCAUUUUCCUACCUGUUACCCAAAAGCAUUGAUCUCAUUCUUUGCUACAUGUAUGCAACUACUUUUUAGUAUGCAUGUUAAACCUGUCAUGAAGCACUGAGAUCAUUCACACAAUCAAAAACUGUGUUCUACCCGGGUUUGGUAGCUGUGUGUGCUCCCAAUUUUUGGUUGUGUGGAAGCAUGGUAGGAGGAAAGCUACCUAGGUUUUCCUCCUACCUUGCUUCCACACAACCAAAAAUUGGGAGCACACACCAGCUCCCAAACCCGGGUAGAACACAGUUUUUGAUGGUGUGAAUGACCUCACUGAGUCGCAUUUUGUGUAGCUAGUAUUCUAAAGGUACAAGCAGGUGUAACUGCUUUUAGCAGUAUAGUUUUUUAAAAAUUUUGCUGCUGCUGUUUGACAUAAAGCGCACAGUCUGAGUUCUCAGAUGUUCUUGCAUAUGUGUCAAAUAAGGGAUUUCUACAGCAGCUGCAUUUGUGAAGUAAGGAUUUGUGCUCAUUUUUGCAUUUAUCAAUCCUUUUUUGAUUGCAAUAUAACUGUACAUCUGUAUAAAUUGUUAGUAGUUUGAAUUUAGUCAACAGAUCUGGUGAUCAUAGCCAGAUGGGGAACUUUGGAAUGCUAGUUCAAAUGGUUAAAAAUUAGACCUCAUCUGCAUAAUUGUAGAGACUUACCCACCAUUCGGAAACUCAAUCAUGGAUAGAAAAUCAUAUCAAAUUUCUAAAGUAAAACUGGAUACAAGGUUUGACUGUUUCAUGAAGGUAUCUUUGGGCAACAACUUACAAGCUGUACAGCAGAAGUGUGCUCUCUUGUUUCCAUAUUUGAUUGUAUAAAAAAGUUCUGAAAUGACAGUAAAAACAUAAAUUAACAAUUUUAUUUUUUA